GGGCAUUCGACUUCGGUUUGACAUGGACUAUGAAACAUGUUUCAACGUCACUGUGGCAGUUUGACAGUUAUCAGCUGUAAUGUUGACUUGCAGUGACAUAUCAAUAUUUGUUUUUGUUAAGUUCUAUUUAAUAUUGUACUAAUUAGAAGAUCAGACCAGAAAAUAAUAACUAUAGGAUGUGAUUAAGGAAGCCCCAAUAUUCCAGCACAACAAUGUUCACGUUAAAUAGUGCUUUAAGAAUUCUUUGUUUUCUUAUAAUAAUCUGCAGUGUCUCAAAAUGUAGUGACAUCACCCACUUGGUCUUCGGAGACCGUACAGAUGGAAUGCCAGCAGCUUUUGGUGAUUUUAACUCUGACGAACUUACUGACGUAUUCGUUCUGCGUAACAACUUACAUACCAUGGAGAUACUCCUAGCUCAUGAAGAAGAACCAUUACUGAGGCCUUCGAGGCCAGAUCCUUUAAGUUGUACAUUCAAGGAGCACCUUAUCACCAGUGUAGUGCCUGGUGAUUUUGAUGGAGAUGCUCUAAUGGAUGUCAUGGUUACUACCAUCAAAGAAAAGGUGGUGGAUGAUCUAGAACGUAGACUAACUUAUGUCUAUAUAAUCUGGGGAGGUGCCACCUAUCUGAACUGCUCGGAUGGCUUUGAAGAUAAUUAUAUGGUUCACAUGAUUGGUCAGCCUCUAGCCAUCGACUUCAACCAGGAUAUGAUCAUUGAUCUUUUUGGUCAGAGUGUGAGAUCAAGAAGGAUGUUCUGGGUGUUUGGUAAAACAAGAGAUAAGCCCAUGGAAAUUGAAAUGGAAGAAAACAGUGUACCGCUGCCAGAGCUUAAGGUGCCUCAUUCACAUGCAUUUUUGGAUCUGAACGAUGAUUACAUGCCAGACCUAUUCCUGACAACAAAAGAAAACUUUGAAAUUUGGCAUGGCAACGAACACAAGCGGAAGUUUGUCUACAACACUUCCAUUCCUUAUCCGCCAGGCAUGCUAACUGUCGAAAAGGCUGCGGUUAUUGGACAAUCGUUGUUCAUAGAUGUUGAACUCACUGGUAGAAUGGAGCUCGUAACGCCUGUUUGUUUUGAUAAAGAAUGCAAGAAUAGCGCUUUGAUGUUGUAUUCUAUGGCGGAAAAGAAAUGGGUUAACCUCCAGGUGAACUUCAAAGAUGACAAUACUAACCUAUGGAAGUUUUAUCUCAAACCUGGAAGCCGUUACACCAACGUUAUCACUUUACACAGUGGCGACUUCAAUAUGGACGGAUAUCCUGAUAUAUUGGCAACAUUGUCACAAGCCAAUGAUGCUGGACAUCCUCAGAGCUUUUUAUUGGAAAAUAUUCCGUGUCAAAGUUCGUGUGGAAAGUUUAAGAGAACGUAUGCUAUCAAGUGGAAUGCUCUUAGUCCGUUUAAAAAUGGUACAGCAAUGGCUGCAUUCUUCGACUUCUACCAAGACGGCAUCCUGGAUUGCAUUAUGGUGACAUACAACGGGAAAGAUUAUCGAGCGGCAGCGUUCAAAAACAGCUUGGAUUACGACGCUAACUUCAUCAAAGUUAUGGUGCUGACAGGACUGACCAAUCAGAACAAUGAUAUGAUCAAUGGCCGCGUAGGGAAAAAGAGGAGAACGUAUGGAACAAAUCUGCCGGGCCCGUCGAUUUCCUACAAGACCACCACGCAAGACGGCGAUAUAAGGCACGGGGUGUCAGCGCAGUUGCCGCAGAGCGCGCACUUCAGCUUGAAUUUGCCUUAUACUAUCUUCGGAUUGGGUCGCACGCCCAACUUCGUAGACCAACUUACCAUCGGUCUGUCCAACCAAUCGCGCAUUUGGCCUCAGAUCAUCCCCAAUUCGCAGAUGGUGGUGAUCCCGUGGCCACCGAACGACCCCUCGCGGUGGAAGGCGCAACUGUUCGUCACGCCCAGCAAACUGAUCCUGAUGUCGGUGGCCGCGUUGACAACCAUAUGCGGGAUCAUCACUGUGAUCAUCGGCGCGCUCUAUUGGAAGGAAAGGCAGGAGGAUAAGAAGGAGAGAUUGUCGGAGUCGCAUCGGUUUUGUAGAUUGUGAUUUAGAGGGUAGAAUAUUGCGGUUUUUGUGAUGCGCAACUAAAGCCCAGUUUUUCGGGUCAAACUCUUACCUAGAAGUUAACUCGCAAUGGAGGCAGUUCGCCUGAAGACAGUGAAAAAAAGGUAAGAUUUUGAAAUUUGUUCAUAUUGGGCCUGUAGGUGUGAAAAAGAAAACACAUAUUUUUUUUUUUGGUGCCACGUUCAUUUGCUAAGUUACCGGCUUCGAAAUUGGGAUUGUUUCGAAGAAUUUUUUUGAAUUGGACAGUAAUAUAUUGGGAUAUGAAACAUUGCGUUUUAUGUAGGAAAGUUUUUGUACUUUUUUAUAAAACACCGAAUUUGAAAUUGAAAAAACUUGCUAAACCGGAAGUAAACAUUUCAAACCAAAAUCUGGGCGACUUCGCAUUUUUUCAUUUUAGAUUUUUUUACUCCAAAAUAUAGCCUAAAGUGUGUUUAAAAUACAUCAGAAGUUUUGAAAUGGUGUGCGCAUUGAUUAAGGAGGUACGCAUUUUUAUGUGCAUAUAUGUCGCCGUGGGUACGAUGUUACGAGGUUCUUUAGAUUUACUGGUACUUUUCAGCUCUAAUAAUAAUGUCAAAUUUAUAUUAACGUAAAUUAUUCUAACAUAGAGGUAUAGUUUACUUUUAUACCAUUGUCUUAAAUAUCGAAAUUUGAAAAAAAAAGUAUGGUGCAAAACCGGAAGUAAAUGCUUCUAGUCAUAAUUAGGGUAAGUUCUACUUUUUACUCCAAUAUAGCCUAAAAUGUGUUUAAAAUGUACUAGAAGUUUUAGAAUUAACAAAUAAUAAUAAUUAUUUUUACUGGUCUACGUACAAAGUUUUCAUAUAAAUAAUGUGUCCAGUAAACAUAAUAUACCCAAAAAAGUGAAGACUUGUGCUUGGGUUUCAACCAAACUUGAAUUAUAUUAAUACAGCAAAUUUCAUAUAAGUAUAGUAGUCAAACAUAUACAUAAAUUUUGCAUCAAUUUAUUAUCAAUAACAUAUUGGUUGGUCUACAAACUUAUGGAUUUGAAGCCUCGGGUGAUUUAGGAUCCAUAACUUGCGUUCAAUUUUUAAACAUUUUUCAUUAUUUAUUAUAAAAUUUUGAGCAUAGAAGGUAGACUGAUCUUUGGCUGAUAGUUUUAUUUAGGUCUAGGAAUUAGUGCAGAUGUUUCCUUGAAUCACGUUUGAUGGUUGUGGCUGAUAGUAUGUAACACUUUUAGAUUUUUUGUUAUGAUAUUAUCGUAUGAUAAAAAUGAGUUUUCCGGCAGUCGAAAAGCUGAGAUUCACUGUAAAGUUUUCUGUAGGAUAACAUUUCUUUUUGUUCAAAAUCCACUUCUGGGUAAUUUCAAUUUUUUAUAAUAAUUAUUCGUGAGCCCCCGCCCCCCUAUGAAAAGAUUCCAUAAGAUAGUAAGGAUUGAACAAGGACAUGAUAUAUCAUAGGUAUAUUUAGGUAUCUUCAGUUUCUUAUUAAAUUUUCAACGUGUAUAUUCCAUCUUAGAUAGUUAUCUAUGAUUACCCCUAAAUAUUUGAAUUAUCAACCGGUGCAACUAUUCAACGUUUUAAUUUGGAGUUGAUUGAAAUGUGGGGAAGAUCUGUUGUCGCAAGAAAAUGUAAAGUAUGUUUUGUUAAAAUCCUUUCCUUGAAAAAAGUUGUAACCUUUUGAAAAUCUAAUACAACUUUGUUUUUUAAAGAAGCCCAAUCUUUGUCUGAGUAAAUAAUUGCCGUGUUGUCUGGGAAACCAAUAAUUUCUCCAUCGUUUUUUAACUUUAAAUCGGGUUAGAAGCUAGGAAGCAUUUACUUCCUGUUUUGCACACUAGUUUCAUUCAAAUUUCGAUAUUCAAGAAAAUCGUAUAAAAACAAGCUAUAAUCUCAGACUAAAAUAUAUUUAAAAUGAUUAUUAGACCUGAAAAAUACUCAUAUUAUGUCACACAAACCAGUCGACUUAAGCAGGUGCUUAAUCAUUUCCAGGACGACAUGUAUACACAUAAAAAUACGUAGCUCCUAAAUCAAUGCGCAUACAAUUUCAAAGUUUCUGAUUUCUCAUAAACACACUUUAGGCUAUAUUUUGGAGUAAAAAAGUCGAAAAUAUAAAAAUGCGAAGUUGCCCAAAUUUUGGUUUGAAAUGUUUACUCUCAUUUAACACCUCAAGUUCUUUUUUUAUUUUCAAAUUAGGUUUUUCUGUCAAAAAGUACAGACAAUUUAUUAUAUAAAACGGUAUAUUUCAUAUCCCAACAUAUUGCUUUUCAAAAAUUUUUCCGAAAAAAUCACAAUUUCAAAUACGGCUUCCCCAACGAAAAAAAAAUAAUGAUUUGUCUUUCAUACCUACUAGAUGUACAAACACACACACAUUUUAAAACCUCACUUUUUUCGCUGUCCACUUCACGUGAAAUGCCCCAGUGGUCCGUUAAUUCGUUUUCAAGUUCCGACUAAUUAAACUAUAGUUAUUGGGAUGGCAACCCUGCUUCUCUCAAAUACCGUCUCUUCUGCAUUUUAAUAUGCUCGGCUUGUAUGUCAUCUGUUGCAGAAUAGGUGGUUAAACGCUGCUGUCUAGUGUAACUUCUGAAACUUAUCCUGCGGUUUUCAUGUUGAUAAUCCCCCAUAUAUCUCUGGCCAAUAGAAACCACAUGUAAUUUAUUGUAAAUGUUUAGGUCACAACGGUUCAUUUUCAAGUUCCUAUACAUUCCAAAUUUUAAGAUGGGUCCACAUAAACACAGUCCUCUGAAACGACAAGUGAGCAUUAGGUUAUCAGUCGUUUUUUAAUGUAGUACCAGAUACGUGGCCCUCGUCCAUCGUCCUGGAGACGCUAAAAACCUUGAAAAACGUGAAAACCAACUCGUACUAUUGUCAACAUACCGGUUAGUUGUUAUGCAAUCUUCCACUAAAAUGUUUCAAUUGCGCUGGGUGGAUCUGAGUUGCAAGAAAUUGUAGUUCGACGUUUAAAGGGAACCAUGUUGUUUGUCCUGUGAGAAAAUAAUAUAACACUUUGGCCAUGAGAUGGCGAAAUAAAACAUCUGCGCGUUUGAAAACGAACAACAAUAAAGAAGAUUUUAUCAACACAUGUUGUUUCGAUCGGUCCAGAGAAGUAUGUGGGAUAGUAGCUGUUUAACUACAAUUGUAUAGUUGACCCUAUGAUCAAAGUUAACUAACGUUUGAGGUCAAACUUGACAAUGAAAAGUGUUUUUUGAAAGUUACUGUCCAGUUUUAACAGCAGGGCCGUCUUUAACCAAUGAUUGAAUAGCUGGGCGUGAAUGGUUAUUGGGUCAGAUAACGGCACAUUGUUUCGAUCACUAUAAGAAGGAGAAUAACAAACGUCAUGAUUUUCAUUUUUCUAAAUAAUAAAACAAUAGGGGCAUUUGUAUUUAGUGUAUAAAAAGAAAGUUGCAUAUACAUAUUGUUACAAGGUAUUAUUUUUCAGCAAAAAUAUGGUUUAAUCAUGCAGUUUGGUUUAAAUAAACUUGGCUUACGACCUUUAAGUCAUGCUCACUUGGGCAACUGUACGACAGCACAAGCUAGAUUUGCCAAACUGCAUUCGUACUAUUUUAUUGGUUAUACACCUAAUUUAUAUCUUUUUGAUUGAUUGAUAUGUAAAUUAUUGUAAAUGUAUUCAUUGUUGUGAUUUUUUAAUAAAUUAAUAUAUUAACGAA